AUCCAACCAAUCAAUAUAUUUUAUAAGUAAAAUCUAAUAUAAUUUUAACAUAGGUUGCAUGUUCUGAUUAAUUGGAUGUAUGUCCGUUAUGGAAUAGUAAAACGGUCGGUAAAUCAAUUUGCUUAUGCGUUAGCUAAAGCAGUUGAUUUUUAUUAGUACUAAAUUAAAAUUUAUUAACAAAGUAUAUAGACUUAAUUAGUACUUAUUUCCCAUGCUCAAUAGUAUCUCCUCCAUCCCCUUCAGUAGAUCUUACUACACGUGCCAUUUGUUAUGGGCUUCUACGGCGGCAAUUACUACAUGUCUCCGGACCUAAAUCUAAGUAUAAUUCUUUUACAUUAUCCAAAAGAUUGACUAGGUCAUAGAAAAUAUUUUCAACAUAUUUUAUAAAAUAUUAGGUACUUGUGAAAGCAACUUAGCUGGGAAGCUGCGUUCUUUUUUCUUGUUUCACAAUCUACAAGUUCAGAAACUUCCUAGCAAUAAGGCAUUAGCCAUCAUGUCAAUAAAAUAACAGAUGAAGAAAGUGCAUUGGAACUUCUUAGAAAUUUUACUAACAAUCCCCCGGAGGCUGACUUAGCAUUCCAAACUCAAAUUUCAAAGUUCUGCAACUUAUAAAAGUUCUAUUUAUUGUCCAGGUUGCUGGAGCUAUUUUGAGUUCAAAACUCAUUUGGCAAUCAAGGGAAACAGGCAUUUAAGAUGUAUGUGACGAGGCCUCUGUCAUUGUAUCAGAAAGAUCCUUCAGCUCUUUCAUUAGCUCCGCCUGAGGGUCCAAAUUCUGGCAUCCUGGUAAUCCAAGAUGAAGAAGCUGAUCAACCCACUUGCUGUUUUGGAUUGUGCAAGAGCAACCGAGCAAAAAAUAUGCCUUUCCCUCAAAAUAAGAACUUAGAAGUUCGUUACACAACACAAACUGGAGAGCAUCAACAUGUUAAUGUAAAUAGGGUGCUCUUUAUUCCUGUUCUCAAUCUACCUCUUUCGUCCAAUCAAUACUACUGUAUAGAGAGGAAAGGAAGGGAUAGAGGGGCAGCUUACAGAAACUCGAAGGAGGAGGACAUGAAGACAUGCUGUUUCUGCAGCUGUAUUUCUGAUUUAGAACCACAAGCUUUAGAUCCUCAGGACAUACAUCAGAAAUUCGAAAUUCAGCAGAGAAAAUGGGGUAGCUUUGUUGCCAAAUCCGUAGCUCCGGAUGGGUUCCCUCCAACUUUCUUGAGGAGAAAAGGCUGGACAGUGUAUACCUCAUCACCACCACACGAAUUCGAGUUAAAAGAAGCACCAGGACUCGACAAGAAUCUCCGAGCCCGCCUUCCACACUUCAGCUUUCCAUUGUCAUGCAGAAGCUCUCCACCUGUGGAAGUAGGAAAAUGGUACUGCCCUUUAAUGUUCAUUAGAGAUGGAGCAUUUAAAGAUCAGAUGGAUAAUUCAAGAUAUUAUGAGAUGACGCUUGAGCAACAAUGGCAACAAAUUUUUUCUUGCGAAAGUAACUAUAAUGAAGGUAAUGCAGUGACAGUUGAUGUUGCUGUUGAAACUGAAGUAGUUGAAGUUGCUGGAAAAGAAUCUAUGCUGCAAAGUGACAAGCAAGUAAUUGAUGGGGUGAUGUGGUUUAGAAGUGGUGGCAAUGUGGGAGGAGAAGCUAGAGUGGGCCUAAGUUUAGCAGUUGUUGAGAGAAUGAAGUGGGAGCAAGAGAGAUUUGGGUGGAUUGGUGCAAGUGAGAGACAAGUGAGGGUGAAGAGAGUGGAGGAAUUUGGAGGUCAGGGAGGAUGGAGAAGAUUUGGUUGCUAUGUUUUGGUUGAGAGAUUUGCAUUGAAGAGAAUGAAUGGAAGCUUGGUGAUGACCUAUGAUUUCAGGCAUACUCAACAUAUCAGGAGCAAAUGGGAGUAAACUAGACAUUGCCCUGUUUCUGUGUGAACUUUUACUUGCACUUGCUUAAAUAUGAAAUUUAUCUUUGAUGAUUUAUUAAAAGAUCGUAUAGUUGUUGGAAAAUUUUUGUUUAAACUCAGUUUACUUCGAUAUCAAAACAUAUUGUAUUUCAUGUAACGCUCAUAUACAAUAAAGAAGACAUAUACAUAUUGUAUUGAAUUGAGAUUAGGUAAAUUGUAUUUUUGAUACUUUGAAGUAUCCAUUAAGUUAUAGUUCAUGUAAAAUUAUUGUUAUGUAAUAAAUUGAAUGAGUUGUUGAUUGGAUAAAGAAAAUUUUCCUCU